AUGCCGUGCAGCUAUUAUCCUACAACAGAAAGGCUCCACGAGGAGUUACCACUCAGCCUGGAGGAACUGGAAGAUGUGUUUGAUGCCCUAGAUGCUGAUGGCAAUGGCUUUCUGACACCAGAGGAGUUCACCACUGGAUUUAGUCACUUCUUCUUCAGCCUGAACGAGCCAGGUCAGGAAGAUGCCGGUGAACAGAUGGCCCAGCUCCAGGAAGAGAAGGUGUAUCAGUCCAGAGGGGAAGAGCAUGUGGGCGCCAUGGAUGACGAUGAGGAGACCCAGUUCCAAACGCUGAUGGACAAACUUGGAGCCCAAAAGGGUUUUGAAGAUGAAAGUGAUAUCAAGCAACUCUGGCUACAGCUGAAGAAGGACGAACCUCACUUACUGGCCAACUUCGAGGAUUUCCUGACCAGGACCUUCUCCCAGCUCCAAGAAGCCCAUGAGGAGAAGAACGAACUGGAGUGCGCCUUGAAAAAGUAG